AUGGAGGAGAAUGAUGAACUCCAGAAUAAAAUCGUUACAUCCGAUGACCCCAAAGACAUCAUAACCAGGAAGCAUGAAAUAAAUAUUGAAAUCUCAUGCAAUUACCAGAGUAGGACCAACCUGACUUUAAAGUUUGAUACUCGCAGACCUGUCGUCAACUUCUUCGAGAAAGGCUUUGGCUCCUUCAGCUAUAAGUUUGAGUUUUAUGAUUCAGCCAGUUUCUACAACAGAAGAGAUCCAAACUCAUACCCACUGGAGUAUGACGUGGGAGAAAUGAUCUACAUGCAAAUUGAGCCCAUCACUCCAGUCCAAAACACUGAGGUCUUCAUUGAGUCCUGUAUAGCUACACACUAUGAUAAUCCUAAUUACCCAAUAUCCUAUCCCAUCAUCACAAAUGGAUGCCAAGUGGAUGAAACUGUCCAGUUUUACUCAAAUCACAAACCAUUUUUCCAGUUUGGCAUGGAGGCCUUUAAGUUCAUUGGGCUCCACAACCAGGUGUUCAUAAGCUGCUCUAUCAUCAUAUGUGAGGCAAACAAUCCCAACAGGGAUUUUGCUGUGGUGUGUGGCGUGACUGUCUACAGAUCCAUGAGGCCAAGUGUCAGAUACCAACCUUUGCCAACACAUGAAUUUUGA